AUGCUGCGGGACAUUCUCUACAAAGGAAAAGAAUUGGCUGACAAAGUAACUAACAUCAUGAUGAAUUAUACAGAGGUGGAGAUGAAGGUUCGUGAGGCAACGAAUGAUGAAAUAUGUUGUCCUCAUGGUCGACUUUUGCAAAAGUUGGCAGAUUAUACAUAUGCACAUGACACAUUUCUUGAAGUUAUGUCUGUUUUGUGGAAGAGAAUGCAUUCUGAUGGCAACUGCUCUUGGAGAAGGGUAUAUAAGUCACUGUUUGUCCUCGCUUUCCUGUUGCGUAAUGGAUCUGAUUAUGUUGCGCAAGCAGCUCGAGAUCAUAUCUACGACAUUCGUACUCUUGAAUCUUUUCGUUACUUUGAUGAGAAUGGAAAAGAUCAAGGGAUGAAUGUUCGUAUUAAAGUCCAAGAAGUAAUUGAUCUUUUACAAGAUCCAGAAAAGUUACAGGAAGAGCGUCAAAAAGCCAAAGCCAGUAGACAUCUUUAUACAGGUUAUGGGAAUGCUAAUGAAUCAGAUUGGGGUUAUUCUUCAUAUGGUAGCAGAGGUGGCGGUGGCGGUGGUGGAACGGAUUAUUAUCGACGAUCUGAUUCAUUUGAUAAUUAUGAUAAAGACGAUUAUAUAUCAAAAAGUUAUACCUUUCAAUCACAUACAACUCCUAAACCGCCUACAAUACCUCGAAUGGAAUCAGAUUUACCACCGCCUAGGUUGGGUAGUUUUGAUGACUGGCAUGUGGGUAAAGAACGUGGUGUAAUCGAUGAUGUACUAGAACAAUUCAAAGAAGCUUGGGAUAUGGCAAAAGAAUCCACAAAAGAUUUAAUUUUCACCAAAAAAUCUCCAGAUAUCAGAACAAAUGAAUCAAAUCCACGUAUGGUAUCUGAAGAGGUGUAUGAAUUCCCACCAGAUGCAGUUGAAACUGGUGGUACAUAUGAGCUUAGAACACAUUCAGCAGCAGGAUAUGGCAAUGAUCAUCCACCUGUACAGAAUAAAUUCUCAUCAUCUAAUAACUCUUCAAAUUCAUCCAGUAAUAAUCAACGUAACAGUAAUGUUAGUAAUAAUACUAAUAAUAGUAUUCAUGGGAAAUCACAUUCAAAUGGUAGAUCGAUGGAUCAUACACAAAAAGUUAUUGUUGAACCUAGGCAACCGGAUUCGAAUAGAAAUAAUCCAAAACCAAGACCACCAUCUUGUGAUUUAAUAGAUUCAUUUGGUGAUUUGACAAUCGGAUCAAAUCAAGUUAUUGAUCUUUUUGAUACUAGUGAUACAAUUCACAGUCCAAUUGGCAGUACCAACUCUCAAAGACAACAACAGCAACAACAUCAGCAGCAGUCUCAGCAUAUGCAAAAUGCUUUUGUAGAAAGUUGGCCUGAUAAUUUAAUCCCUUCAAAUGUAUCUUCAAAAACUAAUGCUAAUCAGAACUACUCUCCUAUUUCAUACCAAAAUCAUGAUAAUUUAUUGGAUAAUGAGUUCGGUGAUUUUACUUCGGCAACUGUACAGUCUUCUUCUAUUCCUGUGAAUACUUCCACUGCCGUUACAAAUUCAUCUCUUUUAUCAUUUGAUGAUAUCGAUUUUCAUUCUUCAAAUACUAAUUACCAAACGACUAGCGGACAAAAUCAGUCCUUUUGGAACAAGCUGGCUGAAGAAAAUCGACAACAACAACAACCAAAUGCAAAACAGCAACAACAACAACAAGAACCACUUCAAUCCAAUCCAACUUCACCAUCCAAAGGGAAAUCAAUUAAUGUCGGAAGUACAUGGAAAGAUUUAGAGACACUAAGCAUUGAUUUAGAUUCACUCGUAAAACCUGAAAAAUACGGUACACGAACACAAGCACCAAGUUUACAUCAAUUGAAACAAAGUCAGCAACGUGUUCAAUCAUAG